GUGCUGAAUGACAGGAUGGAAUCGAGGAACUUGGCAAUAGGAAUAGUGCUCUCACUUCAGAGUGCACUUGGAAUUCUGGGAAACUUCUCUCUUCUUUUCUACUAUCUACUCCUUUAUUACAGUGAAGGCACAUUAAAGACCAUAGACUUGAUUCUUACACAUGUGUUCACAGCCAACUCUUUGAUAAUUUUCUCCAAAGGAAUGCUACAGAUAACGGGAGCUUUUGAAUGGAAUCAUUUCUUCAAUGAUAUUGGAUGUAAAAUCAUUUUAUAUAUUCUCAGACUUGGCAGGGGUAUGUCUACCAGCACCACCUGUCUCUUGAGUGUCUUCCAGGCUAUCACCAUCAGCCCUAGAAACUCGUGCUGGAAGAAUAUCAUAGUCAAAGCUCCACGGUUCAUGGGCUUCUUCAUUUCUCUCUGCUGGAUCCUACACAUGAUGGUGAAUAUGAUUUUCCCUAUGUAUCCAUCUACCAAGAGGAAUGAUAAUAAUAUUACACAAAAAAGAAAUUUUGAUUUAUGUUCCUCCUUUCCAGGUCGAGAUACUAUAGUAGAAUCACUGUACACAGCAUUUUGGAUCUUACCCGAAGUCUUACUUUCUGUGCUCCUGGUCAUUUCCAGCAGCUCCAUGAUUAUUGUACUGUAUGGACACAAGAAGCGGGUUCAACAUAUUCAUAGUUCUCAUGCUUCCCUCAGAAUCUCCCCUGAGUCCAGAGCCACCCAGAACAUUCUAUUCCUGCUGUGCACAUUUCUGGCUUUUUAUACCCUCUCUUCCAUCUUACAAGGCUGCAUUACUUUUUCACACAAUCCUAGUUGGUGGCUAAUAAAUAUUACAGCUAUCAUUUCUAUGUGUUUUCCUACUUUAGGCCCCUUUGUCAUGAGCCGUGAUAUCACUAUUUCCAGAUUCUGUUUAUCCUGGAUAAGGAAUAUACAAAUACUAUAA